AUGGCUAAAUUCAGGGUGAGAGUAUCCACUGGGGAGGCCUGUGGGGCCGGCACCUGGGACAAAGUGUCUGUCAGCAUCGUGGGGACCCAGGGAGAGAGCCCGUUAGUGCCUUUGGACCGUCUAGGCAAGGAGUUCACUGCGGGUGCUGAAGAGGACUUCGAGGUGACGCUCCCCCAGGACGUCGGCGCUGUGCUGAUGCUGCGGGUACACAAGGCACCCCCGGAGCUGCCCCUCCUGCUGCUUGGGUCCCUCCCACCGGACGCCUGGUUCUGCCGCUGGUUCCAGCUGGAGUGGGGGCCCGGGGCUACACUGCGCUUCCCGUGCUAUCAGUAGCUGGAAGGGGCGGGGAACCUGGUGCUGCAAGAGGGAGCAGCCAAGGUCUCCUCGGAAGACCACCACCCUAAGCUCCAGCUCCAGCGUCACGAAGAGCUGAAGGCCAGGAGGGAGAUGUACAGCUGGAAGACCUACAGUGAAGGCUGGCCUCGCUGCCUUGACCAGGUGACUGUGAAAGGCUUGGACCUCAAUAUCAAGUACUCCGAAGUCAAGAAUGCAAGAUUCUACUUGAAAGUCUACUCUGCGUUUACAGAGCUGAAAAUCAAAGGGUUCCUGAACCGCACAGGACUCUGGAGGAGUCUGAGGGAAAUGAGAAGGAUGUUUAACUUCCACAAGACUCCCGCAGCAGAGUAUGUGUUGGAACAUUGGCAGGAAGACGCCUUCUUUGCCUCCCAGUUCCUAAAUGGCCUCAACCCGGUCCUGAUCCGCCGCUGUCACAGCCUUCCAAAGAACUUCCCAGUCACCGAUGAAAUGGUGGCCCCAGUGCUGGGCCCUGGGACGAGUCUGCAGGCUGAGUUGGAGAAGGGCUCCCUGUUCUUGGUGGAUCAUGGCAUCCUUUCCGGGGUCCAGACCAAUGUCAUCAACGGAAAGCCCCAGUUCUCCGCAGCCCCGAUGACCCUGUUAUACCAGAGCUCUGGGGCUGGGCCCCUGCUCCCCCUCGCCAUCCAGCUCAAACAGACUCCCGGGCCCGACAACCCCAUCUUCCUGCCCAGCGAUGACAAGUGGGACUGGCUCCUGGCCAAGACCUGGGUGCGCAAUGCCGAGUUUUCUGUCCACGAGGCCCUCACUCAUCUGCUGCACGCACACCUGCUGCCAGAAGUCUUCGCCCUGGCCACGCUGCGCCAGCUGCCCCGCUGCCACCCUCUCUUCAAGCUGCUGAUCCCCCACAUUCAGGACACACUGCACAUCAACACACUUGCGCGUGAGCUGCUCAUCGCCCCCGGGAAAGUGGUGGACAGGUCCACAGGCCUUGGCGCUGGAGGAUUCUCUGAGCUGAUAAAGAGAAACAUGGAGCAGCUGAAUUAUUCUGUCCUGUGUCUCCCUGAAGAUAUUCGAGCCCGAGACGUGGGAGACAUCCCAGGCUACUAUUACCGGGAUGAUGGGAUGCAGAUCUGGGGGGCCAUAAAAAGCUUUGUCUCUGAGAUAGUCAGCAUCUACUACCCAAGUGAUGUGUCUGUUCGAGAGGACCAAGAGCUGCAGGCUUGGGUGAAGGAGAUCUUCUCUGAGGGCUUCCUCAGUCGAGAAAGUUCAGGUAUGCCCUCCUUGUUGGAUACCCAGGAAUCCCUGGUCCAGUAUGUCACCAUGGUGAUAUUCACCUGCUCAGCCAAGCACACUUCUGUGAGUGCUGGCCAGUUUGACUCUUGCGUUUGGAUGCCCAACCUGCCAUCUACCAUGCAGCUACCACCACCCACUUCCAAAGGCCAGGCUCGGCCUGAGGGAUUCAUAGCCACUCUCCCACCAGUCAAUGCCACAUGUGACAUCAUCAUUGCCCUUUGGUUGCUAAGCAAGGAGCCCGGGGAACGAAGGCCUCUUGGCCACUAUCCAGAUGAACACUUCACAGAGGAUGCCCCUCGGCGGAGAAUAGCUGCCUUCCAGAGACGGCUGCUCCAGAUCUCUAGGGAAAUCGGGGAGCGGAACCGAAGCCUGCCACUGCCCUACAUCUACAUGGACCCUCCCCUCAUUGAGAACAGUGUCUCCAUCUAA